GAGAAGAUUAAGCCCAUGUACCUCAUAGGCAAUUUGUUCUUUGGACCAGAGGGAUCUCUGGGAGGCUGUCUGUGCACCAGGACUCCGGGGCUGGUGGGUGCGGAGAGCUCCAGCGUGGAUCUGCAGCCCAACACAGUUCAAGCUAUGGGGGCAGCCAAGCUCCUCUGGGCCCUGGCUCUGCUGUCACUCGCCGCUCCAGCCAUUUCGGAUCCGCACUAUCUGGUGGUCUUCCCAGCAGUCAUUCAUCAUCCAAGUGUUGAAAAGUUCUGUGUACUUCUCCGCUCCCUCCCUGAGACUGUCCAUCUGACAGUAACUUUAGAGAUGAAGAUACAGAACCACACCCUGCUGGACAAGGAUGUGGACAACCCAGGGUCCUAUGAGUGUACCAGCUUCCAGGUCCCAGCUUUUGUUGCCGAGAAAAGGAUGAGUCCGUAUCUAUUAGCAGAAGAAGAAAUAGCCAAUGCUCAUGUCCUAAUCCGAAAUGGUGACAGUGUGAGUUUCGAUGGACGGAAGAAAGUACUGGUCAAGCGCUCUUAUACAAAGAACCUCAUGGUGCUGGACAAGCCCUUUUACAAGCCUGAAGAGACAGUAAAGUUUCGAAUUGUGAGGCUUGAUGAAGAAUUUAAGGCCCUUGGUGAAACUAUCCCUUUCGUAGAGCUGAAAGAUCCUAACGGGAAUCGGAUUGGCCAGUGGGUGGAUGUGGAGCCUCGUCACGGCAUUGUGGAUCUGUCGUUCCCUCUGGCCUCUGAAGCAGCCCUGGGAACCUACACCCUCAAAAUGGGGGAAGGGUGGGAUAAUCAGAGAGAGUUCAGCGUGGAGGAAUAUGUAAUACCUACAUUUGAAGUGUUCUUUAAAUUCCCACCACUAGUGACCCACUUAGAUGAAGACAUCCAAAUCCACGUGCUUGGCAGGUACACAUACGGAAAGCCUGUUCGUGGGAACGUACGUCUGCGUUUGACUCGGGGCAUGUCAUUUUACUUUUUUGAAAGACGAGUACAUCAGGAAACUUUGGCUAACAUUGAACUGGAUUACACAGGCCAGACAGACAAGGCUGGUUGUGCCUCCUUUACUAUUAAGGCAGAAGAUAUUCACCUGUCUCAAAAGGGGUAUCAGAACUUAGUUCAACUUUCUGCAGAACUGGAGGAGGAAGGGACAGGAGUGACAAUCUCAGGAAGCGACACCAUUGCUGUUGCCACAAGAGCAAUUACAGCAGAGUUCAUCAACCUCAAUCCGUUCUAUAAGCGUGGUGUUCCAUAUACUGGAAAGAUGAAAUUUACUGUCAGACAGGUUCCCUACAAGAACCAGACUGUCUUCCUUACUGUUGAUCUCAAUAACGUGGAAACACACUUGCCAUAUGUCACAGAUGAGAACGGUGAAGUUCAUUUCUCCUUGGACACGACAAAAUGGGAAGACACUCUUAUUGCUUUACGGGGCAGGCAUCACAUUUUUAACGUGACCCAGGGUGACAUAUCUGAUCUGGAGGCAGUGCGCUAUGAAGCUUUCAGCUGGCUCAAACCUUUCUACUCAGAGAGUAACAGUUUCCUUGAGAUCCAGCAUGUGGAGGAAGAGCUGCCUUGUGAAAAGGAUCAAGAAGCACGGGUGGAUUACAUCCUGGACCGGAAAGAACUGGGCCCUGAUGCAGACUUUGUAGAUUUCUAUUACGUGGUUGUAUCAAAAGGGAAGAUUGUCUCCAGUGGGCAGAAGCAGGUGCCAGUUGGCCAGGAUGAGACUCUAAAGGGCACCUUCUCUCUCACCCUGUCCACAAGCUCUGACCUGGCACCCACCGCCAAGCUUCUGGUGUAUGCCGUGUUUGCUGAUGGCGAGGUGGCGGCUGAUGUGGACGUAUUCACAAUAGACAAAUGCUUCAAACAUAAGGUGACCCUGGGCUUCUCACAGGUGGAGGAGCUUCCUGGGUCCAAGGUCAACCUGCAGAUCGAAGCUGCUCCCGGAGCCCUGUGCUCUCUCCGUGCUGUGGACAAGAGUGUCGUCCUCAAGGAGAAUGACACUCUGACCCCAGAGAAGGUGUAUCGUGUACCUUACUACCACUCUGAUACGCUGAUUGGUGCAAGAGGAUUUGACUAUCCCUUAGAAGACUUUGAGCCAUAUCCUUGUCUACCUUCUGAGCAUCGAAGGCAAAACCAGUUCAUGAUAGCCCCCUGGUUUCAAAGCCAGGCUGAUGUCUACGGCCUGUUAAAGGAACUGGGGAUGAAAGUUUUAACCAACACCAAAGUUAAGAAGCCAGUGUCCUGUGAGCUGCCAAUAGCUGAGAGAAGGCUUUUGAAAUCAACGCCCGUGCUGAAUGACCUCUCUGGUAUUCACUUACCUAUGGCUGUGGCUGUAAUUGAAAGUGGACCUCAAACUCUUGAUUCAGGCACCACGGUGGAAGAAAAAGCCAAACCCAGGACAUACUUUCCAGAGACCUGGGUUUGGAAUUUGGUCCCCAUCAAUGAGGAAGGGAAGGCAACUCACUCAGUCACGGUUCCAGACACCAUCACGGAUUGGAACGCGAAUGCCUUCUGUGUGGCGGACAUUGGCUUUGGACUCUCCCAACCGGCCACGCUCAGGGUUUUCAAGCCAUUCUUCGUUGAACUGGUGCUGCCGUAUUCUGUGGUCCGUGGAGAGACGCUGCAGCUAAAGGCCACUGUCUUCAAUUACCUCAAGGAUUGUAUCCAGGUGAGAGUACACCUGCUGGAGUCUCAAGACGUGGAGGUGAAGCCCUGCCCAGAGUGCCACUUCACCACCUGCCUCUGUGCAGAUGAGGCCAAGACCUUCUCCUGGAAUGUGACCGCUACCCAGCUAGGCCAGGUCAACCUCUCGGUAACCACGGAGGCCGAAGAGACGCAAGAGCUGUGCGGCAACCAGAUAUCCGUGGCGCCGGCCCGAGGCCGCUCAGACACGGUGGUGAAAGCCCUGCUUGUCAAGCCUGAAGGCGUCCUUGAAGAAGAGACCCACAACGUGUUCCUCUGUUCUUCAGGGGACGCAGUGCUGGAUGCAUUUUCCCUGGAGCUGCCAGGAGAUGUGGUGUCGGGCUCUGGCCGAGCCACCAUCUCUACCAUUGGAGACAUUAUGGGUGCUGCACUACAAAAUGUAGACCAGCUGCUUCAGAUGCCCUUUGGCUGUGGUGAGCAAAACAUAGCCAAGUUUGUUCCCAACAUCUUUAUACUGCAGUACUUGGAGAAGACCAACCAGGUGACCGCUGAGAACAAGGAGAAGGGGACGGAAUACAUGAAGAGCGGGUACCAACGUCAGCUGCUCUACAAACGUGACGAUGGCUCCUACAGUGCCUUUGGGAAGCGUGAUAGCGAGGGCAACACCUGGCUGACGGCUUUUGUGGCUAAGGCGUUUGGCCAGGCGAAGCCCUAUGUCUAUAUUGACGAAAAGCACGUCCAAGAUGCCCUGCAAUGGCUGAGUCAGCACCAGCGUCCCAGUGGCUGCUUUGAAAGCGUGGGGCGGCUCUUCAACAACGCCCUGAAGGGCGGCGUGGAGGAUGAUCUCUCACUGACGGCCUAUGUCACUGCCUCACUGCUGGAGGCCCACGUGGAGAAGAACCAUUCCAUGGUACAAGAUGCCUUACUCUGCCUUAAGAAGAACUUAACUUCUGUGAGCGAUGCCUAUUCCAAGGCUAUGUUGGCUUAUGUUUUCACAUUGGCUGGGGAGACGCCGCAGCAGCUGCUGAAAGACUUAGAUGAACUGGCGAUCAAAACAGAAGGAGCCAUAACCUUUUCAGAGACGGAGACAAGCGCCUACGUCCUCUUGGCUUACCUCUCCACGUCAGAGGUGUCCGCAGAUGACAUCACGUACGCCUCCCAGAUUGUGCGUGCCCUGACCCGGGAACAGAAUUCGUACGGAGGCUUUUCCUCUACACAGGACACCGUGGUGUCCCUGCAGGCUUUAGCCAAGUAUGCCAGCUUGACGUAUCGUGAGAUCGACGGUGUAAAGGUGCUGGUGAAAUCCAUUGGGGGUUUCCAGCAUGAAUUCCAUGUGGGCAAGAAGAACCGGCUGGUACUGCAGCAGGCCUCACUCCCAGAGGUGCCCGGUCUAUACAAGGUCGAGGUAUUGGGGAAUGGCUGCGUGUAUGUGCAGACCACCCUUCGACAUAAUUACUUACCUAAGAAGAACAACAUUUUUGCUUUGAGUGUGGAGACAUCCCCAAAAGAAUGCAACCAGACUUCUAGGAAAAAAUUUGAUAUCCAUCUACAAGUGAGCUACACAGGGAAACGAAAGACAAGCAACAUGGCCCUAAUAGAAGUAGACAUGGUGUCAGGAUACGUUGCUGUGCAGAAAUCUUUGAGGAGGCUGGAAGAAAACCCCCAUGUAAAGAAGUUGGAAGGUAAAUUCCUCAAGAUCACAAUCUACCUGGAUCAGUUGGAUAACACCGUUCAAAACUACAGUUUCUCUGUGAAGCAGUCUUUUGAAGUGACAGAUCUUAAGCCAGCAACAGUGAAAGUCUAUGAUUAUUACCACCCAGAGGACAACACAGUUGUUGAAUAUAAUGCUCCCUGCAGCCAAGAAACCACAAAAGAAGAUAGCCUUUAAAAAAAAUCUACUUUUUUAAACCUGCAACCACCCCAGUGUAAACAUUGAAAUUUCUGGAGAAGCUUUUGUCUUGUGU